AUGAAGGAAAUAACAACCCCCUUCAUCCCACAGCAGCGUCUAAAGCUUCUCCGGAUUGACCUUAAUCAUCUGGACAUUAAUUCCGGUAUAACUUCGCCUUCUGUGAUACGCUAUUUUAUGCCGCGAACAGACACGCCGAAAGUAGAGAAGAUACGUCCAGACCCAGACUGGGACUGGUUUCUAUCUCAAAGAGGAAACUUCGGAAAAGGAACUUUCCGUGCAAACUAUCUACUUCGGCGUGUGUUCAUGGACUACCAGGACUGGAGUAUUCCGGAAUUCUGGCCUUAUGAGAUGUAUGAAAUAAGAAGCGAUGAAAAAGAGAUUGAUAAUGCUACUGGCCCGGGGACGGGUCACUUUGAUAACACUAAGGAAGACAACAAAGUGAGCGAUAAAAAGUACAAGCCGGAUAAUAAAGAAGUCAACGAGGACAAAGAAGGGAAAAGUAUGGACCCCGAAAAACAUGAUGAGAAGGACAAAAAUGACGACAACAGCAAAGAGUGCGGUAACAGGACUCGCAAAUCAAGUGAUGAAAGUCGCGAGAAAGGUGAUCAAAGCGAAAGCGAGGAAAGUGACAAGGAGGCCGAUGAUGACCGUGAGAUGGUGAUUGCGAAAGCUUUGGACCUGAAUAUCCGCAACUAUAAAACUGAUGACUGGUUAGUCUACUGGACCCAAACUCUAUACGAUCUAGACCUCCCGGAUAAAAAACAUGGAAUCAGUAUCGUUAGGUCAAUGGAGCUAGAUCACCCACACCAAUGCCAUACAUGGGCUCUAGUAGAUGUGAUAUUAUGUGGUCACGAUUGCCCCUCGGCUGCUGAGCUUAUUGCCUUGGUUAGCUGGGGGGAAUCGCUCUCCAACGGAAUUGAGCCAGAGGAUGUCCAUAUGCUCAAUGAAGUUUUCCCAACUAUGAUGAUAGUGUUCGACCAAAGAUGCUGUGCCCGUGUCCUGUACGGUUACUUUGAUGGCAGAUUUCAAAUCCAAUUUACCCCCGUUUUGAAUUUUAAGGAAUUCACCGACGUCAGCUCGGAGACUUUGGAUGGUUACAUGGGUCAAAUUAACAAGAAGAAAUACUACGACAUGAUGCACACACUGCUUCGUUGGGCGUGGCCUCUUUGCCAUCAUCUCACAACUAUCGCCCAGCUUUAA